AUGUCGCUUCUCUAUGACUUCCUCGGCCUCGACCUGGCCGACGAGUCGACUCGCGCGGCGCUCGCCAUAGUCGCCAUCACCAUCCUCGCGACCCUCACCACCAUGGCCCUCGCCCGCUCGGUCCUGUAUCCGCGCAGACCGUCCGUCAUUCCCAAUCCCCUACAGACCAAGAUCCCGGCGCUUUCGGAGAAGGAGGUCGCCAAGUUGGAAUAUAAGCCCGAUUCGUAUCCGGGUGCGCGUGAUGUUAUUACACCGUAUGGCAGUAUAAGAGUAUAUGAAUGGGGACCCGAAGACGGCCAAAAAGUCCUCUUCAUCCACGGCAUCUCAACCUCAUGCAUGACCGUCUCAAGACUCGCCAAAGCCAUGGUCGACCGAGGCUACCGCGUAAUGCUCUUCGAUCUCUUCGGCCGAGGUUUCUCAGACGGCGUCGGCGAUCUCCCCCACGACGCCCGCCUCUACGUCAGCCAAGCCCUCCUCGCCCUCGCCUCCUCCCCGCUCCCCUGGACCGGCACCAACUCCCUCCGCCUCGUCGGCUACUCCAUGGGCGGCGGCAUAGCUGUGCACUUCGCCAGCGCCUUCCCGCACAUGGUCGAGUCACUCGUCCUCCUCGCCCCCGCGGGGCUCAUCCGGCCCCAGAACUUCGGCAUCGUCAGUCGCGUGCUCUUCCGCUCGGGUCUCGUGCCCGACCGCUUCGUCGGCGAGCUUGCGCGCAUUCGGCUUCGGAAACCCAUCGCUAGUAGCGUCACGAAGAAGAAGUCGGCUACUCCGAGUCCCAACCGCGCUGGAUCUCCCGACGAUGUGGUUGCCGUGUCGGCCGACGAGCUCCACACCGCGCUACAUCGAUCCGGCUCUCAACACCACGACCAUCACCACCAGAAAUCCAUAGCCGACCUGGGCGCCGCCGAGGGGGCCGAUCCCCCCAACCCUGAGCACGUCACGGCCCUCGAGAAGCGCGUGCUCGACUACAUCGCCUGGAUGGCCGAACACCACGCCGGAUUCGUCCCCGCCUUCCUCUCGAGCCUGCGCCAUGCGCCCCUCAUGGACCAGCACGAUUCCUGGGUGAAGAUUGGCGAGAGGGAACCCGGAUCUACCUGUAUCCUCCUCGCGAGGGACGACGAGAUCAUCAACCCCGACGAUUACCGCAGUGAUGGCCUUCAUCUCGUCGGUGGCGAGGAUAGGGUUACUUGGACUCUUGUGGAUGGUGGGCAUGAUUUCGUCAUGACGCAUUCGAGGCAGAUUAUGCAGGAGUUGGACCGGUUUUGGGGUGUUAAGGCCGAGCUAGCGAAUUAA